CUAGAGCAGCGGGGCGUAGGGUGGAGGGGUGUCACAGGGGACAUGGAAAUGACUAUAAAGGGUGUUACAACUUGUCUCUCAGUGGCCCUUCCGUCUGAAAGAACAGCCUAGAUUCUCUCAUAUCUCUGCCUCACAUAAUGGCCAGCAGGCAGGAUGGUGUUUUUGUUCUGAAGGAGAAAGGCUUCAGGAUGUUGCCGCUCAAAAGCAGUCGAAGUGGCUUCCUGUUGGGGGAAAUGAUCAAAAAGCUAGACAAGCCCCUGGGUUGGACACAGCAAAACUUUCCACUCUAAUUCAUAUACACAUAUACAGGUUCAUGCACAUGUAGUGGAGUUGGAUAUGCAGUAGACGCUCUCCAGACCUAAUCGAGGUUGCUUAAUCAUUGUCAGAGGUGAUUGGAAAAAACUAAGAGGAGUGGAGAGGUUUGGUUCAACAUGUUUAAUGAAAAGUUUGAAGAUUCAAAUGUCAUGGACAAGUCACAACAAUAGAAACCAUGCUUCUGAACCUGACCAAUGGAAGCUGCCAAAUCCCCCUGGCAAAUGACAGAAUUGGUCUGACCUACAUUUACAGCCUUUCCUUCUCUAUUGGUCUCCCAGCCAACCUGCUCUCCCUGUGGGGACUGUACCAGCUAGGCCGGUCUGGUGGAGGUGGCUGCCAGCUGUUCUAUAUCUUUAACUUACUCCUUUCAGAUCUUCUCCAACUACUCACCUUACCACUGUGGAUCCUCUACCUGCAAGGAGACCACCGCUGGCCUUAUGGGUCUGUGACAUGCCAGCUAGUGGGCUACGUUUUCUACGUUAACCUCUAUGCCAGCGUCAUUUUUCUUUGCCUCAUCGCCCUGGACCGCUGUCUAGCAAUCGUGUACCCUCUAAGCAGCCGUGGUGUACGGAAAGUGCAUGUGGCAGCCUUUUCUGGUGUAGUAGUGUGGACUUUGAUAUUUCUUUUCUGCCUGACUGGCCUCUAUCCAUCUGUGUUCGAGCCCCAGAGAGAGCUGUGUCUGGAGCAGUACCCUGUAAGCACUAGAUAUGCUUACUUCAAAAUUGCCACAGUUGCUUUAGGAUUCCUGAUGCCCUGCUCUAUACUAGGGUACACCUCGGCCCGAAUCGGAUUAACUCUACGAAAUUCCCCAUCUGUCUUGGAUCACGAACGCCGCAGGAUUGUUGCUGCGCUGGCUGUCAUCACUAUUAUCUUCAUUGUCAUUUUUGGUCCUUAUCAUCUGGUGGUCGGCUACAGAUUUGUCACCCUGCUUCUCACGGAAACUGAAAAAGACCAGUGUUCAGUGGAAGUUUCCCUCUACCUUUACUAUCGAAUCUGCUACGGCCUCACAAGCCUCAACACCCUCCUAGACCCUCUUUUCUACAUCUUUCUUUGCAACGAUGCUCGCCAAGAGCUACGCAGAUCUCUUCUCUGCCCCUGCCGGGGUAAUAGGGUGCACCAGGGAUCACGAGUACCUACUUUUCCCAAAGGCCGUCUCAACCACAGUGCAGAUGUUUAGCUUUAGCAUACAGAUGCUAAUCGGGUUUAGUGACUUUGUACGCCAUGUGCUGAAACCAAGGUUAUUUCACACAUGACGUGAAAUUUCUUAUCAGACUAAGAUCUGAUUACCUGUCACCACUGCAAUGACAUCACUGAUGUCAUUAAGACAUGGCUGGUAUGAGACAUUGGCACGUCCUCUGGAUCGCUGUCACAGGGAAUGUGUGUCAGAGGUCCGCCUGCAGCAUCUUCAGUCAAAUGUUUAGACUCCUAUACAGCCUGAGGAGACUCUAAUACGUCUCUAUAUUGCUAAAAAUACAUUUUUACAUCUACCGAAUUCAGGUGUGAUUUUACCAAAUUCAGGUAUGAUUUUACACUACCUUUUAAAAGUUUGGAUUUUUUAUUGUUUUUAAGGAAGUCUCUUAUGCUUGCCAAGGCUGCAUUUAUUUGAUCAAUAAUGCAGUAAAAAUAUCUUUUUAAAAUAACUAUUUUUAAUUUCUAAAUAUAUUAUA